GUGGGCAGAAGUGUCAAUUAAUUUAUCUGAGUGCUAAAAUACACGAAGCAGAGACUGAGAGAGGUGUAUUUAUCUCUGUGUUUCUGUCAGCAUGUCGUUACUGAAGCCGUUUAUUAAACUGCCUGCUUUGAACACAGCCAACAUCUUGCUCGUGGAGAGUGAGGAGCAGUUUCAGCAGAGUUUAGCAGAUGCCCUGGUGGAGGAGACCGCUGUUACUGUGAAUGUGAGACUAGCCAAGAGUCUUCCGCUGCCCAAGGAGAAUGAGGAGAGUCGUCCAAGGAUCGACCUUGUGGUGUUCAUCAUCAACCUGACAUCAGAGCUCAGUUUUCAGUCAGCAGAAGCUUCCCUGAAACAUUUGGACUCUGGAUAUUUCCUUGGAAAAGUCUGCUUCAUGGUCAUUAAUGCUCGUAAUGCUUCGGUCCCCAUAGAGCGCCUGGAUGCUGUCAGGAGGCUGGCUGCAUCGCUCCACUGCCCCCUGCUUUUUGCAGAGGAUCAGACACCAGAUGGUGUGACCAAUGCUACAGAGAGGCUGCUGACCAUCCUGAAGGUGGCAGCCGGCCUUGUUCCCAUGGCUACAGCUCUCUACCUGUCCAACCUGACUCGAUGCACUGUGCCCCCAGACAUCGACCAGCCGAGCUUUGAUUAGUUCCUGUGACCCAUUUUUUGAAAGACAGCAGAGGAGAAAGACAGAGAAGCAAAUAUCCCUUUCUCCCCCCACUACCUCCCAUUAGCUGCUCGAAGCAGAAGGUGUGCGUGGUGUGCGUGGUGUAGUUCAUUGUUUAAGGGAAAACACUGGAGAGCAAAAACAUCAAUAUAACCUUAUCACUCUUUUUAUAUAGUCCAGACACGCUGCUAUUGGCUUUGAGCCAAACACCCACUGGCCAAAGGUUGUGACCAAAAACAUCCCAAACACAGCAAAAACAAUAAGAAA